GUGUGGCCAUAUUAGUUUUAACUAGUCGACUCGGAUGUCGGGGGAAGGAACUAUUAAAAGGGCAUUAGCUGGAAUUUUCUUAAUAAAGCGGACUCACAUUUAUUAAAGGUAACGAGGAGAACGUCUUCGUUUAAGUAAAUUGUUAGGCGUCGCACAAAAACCGUAAGAGAACGUUUCAUGGCUUGCUCAUUAGGCCUGGGUGAAAAAUUUACAGACGGCGCUCUUUUGGAGCAAUUAGCGCUGGUGGCAAAGGAUGCAGCUGCUUUACAUGGUGUCAUCAUGAGGACGAAAGAAGAUCCUAAUUCAUCAGAGGUUGUAAACUAUGCUCCAUUUACACUUUUCCCGACCCCCAUUCCUAAACCCGUAUUUGAACAGGCCAGACUUGUACAGAAGGACUUUAAUCUGUUGGUGGACAUGGUUAGUCGGGACAGCACAUUUCUGGAGCAAGCUCUUGCCAGCACAAUUAUAGUGGAUAAUUUUACAGCAAGACUUUUUAAGAUCUACAGACAUGUUCUCCAGGAAGGCGCUUCUUCGCCCAUUAAUUUAGGUUUGAAUCGAUCAGACUACAUGUUGCACUGUGGAGAAAAUGGGAUUACAUCACUGAAGCAGAUCGAAAUUAACACAAUUGCUGCCAGUUUUGGGGGGUUAGCAUCACAAUUACCUGCAGUGCACAGGCACAUUCUAAAGGUUGCUGGCAUACAUGAUGUACAUGUUAUGGAGAAUACAACUGUUGCAGUCUUGGCUCAUGGAAUUGAAAAAGCUUGGAGCAUUUAUGGUUCAGAUAGGGCAGUUGUCAUGUUUUUAGUUGAAGAGACCCAGAUGAAUAUUUUUGACCAACGGCUACUGGAACAUGAGCUCUGGAACCAAAAUGUUCCUGUUAUUCGGAGAAAAUUUGAAGAUGUGACUGAAAAAGGAUAUUUAGAUGGGGAAAAGAGACUUUUCUUAGAUGGGCACGAAGUUGCAGUUGUUUACUACCGGUAUGGCUAUAUGCCUCAGCAAUAUACAGAGAAGAACUGGGAAGCCCGGCUGAUGAUGGAGCGGUCCAGAGCAGUGAAGUGUCCAGACAUUGCAGGCCAUUUAGCAGGAACAAAGAAGGUGCAGCAGGAGUUGUCACGGCCAGGAAUUCUUGAGCGUUUCUUUCCUGAUAACCCAGAUGCUGUCUCCCGUAUUAGGUCAACCUUUGCUGGACUCUACUCUUUGGAUCAGGGCGAUGAAGGUGACAGGGCACUAGCCAUGGCUCUUCGUGAUCCAGAUAUGUUUGUACUGAAGCCACAGAGAGAAGGAGGAGGCAACAACAUUUAUGGUGAAAAUAUUUGCCAUGUGCUGAAUGAAGUCAAAGACAGUCCAGAGAGAAGUGUCUACAUCCUCAUGGAUAAAAUCACACCACUGCCAAUCAAUAACUGCAUUUUAAGGAGGGGAAGUCCUUUGAAACUACAGACCUGCCUUAGUGAACUAGGAAUAUUCGGAGUUUAUGUGAGGCAUGGCACAGAGAUGGUGCUGAAUGAGUGUGCUGGACACCUUCUCCGGACCAAGAGCAGCGAAUUUGCUGAUGGAGGUGUGGCUGCUGGAGUGGCUGCUUUGGAUAACCCCUACUUUACUUAAAAAAAUAAUCUUUGUAAGAUCCUUUUAAGAUGCCUAAAUCAUGUAUUUGUUUUGUAACAAAUCAUAGACCAAAGACUUCCAUGCAGUUACUUUCAGUGAUGACUCUAAACUGCUCCCACACCAAUAUUGGUAUGACAUUCUGGGCAUAUACUUUCUAAGGAUGAUUUAAUGAUUAGUAUAGUUAGUGUAUGUUGCUGAAAAGAUAAGCUUUGUUUUUUCAGUUGGAUUAGAUUGGAAAACAAUCAAUGAAUUUGCUUUAUUUAUGAAAUGAUGAUCAGGGCCCAUUCUGAUUUUACAGUAGCCAUGUUCAAACAAAUGGAAAAAUAGGGAAAAAUAGAAGUUCUUCUCAUUAGUAGUAAAACAUGUUGAAUGGGUGCUAGCUGUCUAUAUUGGACCAAAUAUAACAGUUCUUACUUUAAAUAAUGAUGAAUUCAGUUUUGGAAAUAUACUCUGUGCUACAUUUUACUACUGGGAGAUUUUUCAAGUUGAUUAACCAAUUUAUACAUUUAAUAUUAGGACACUUGCUGCAUUUAGCCACUAAAUUCAAGAGAGUGUUUGAAUUAGACUUUAACAACUUGGACUUCAGGGGAAAAAAUCAUCACAUACCAUUUCAGUAUCCAGAAAGACCAGUAAGGUGAUGGAUACUGCUAAUAAUAUACUUCUGUUAAUUCGUUCUUCACAUGCCUACGUUACUUUCCACACCAAUGAUUCUACAUUCUGUGUUCUCCUGCUAUGCUUUAAACCUUGAUAGUACCCAAAAAUACAAGAAAAAUGAGAUGGUUAUAAACAUUAAUACUGUAAUAAGUCUUUAUUUUUAAUGACAGAUAGGGUUUGUAGCAGUUUCUAAAAAUAUACAUUUUAAGUUGAGCUAAUAGAUUUUUGUGUAUGCUUUUUUUGCAUAAAUUUUGUCCUUAAGAGUGCACCACAGAAAGAAGUUUAAUAGUAUGAAUUGUACAGUUCAUGAUGUUUGAAAUUCUAUGUAUUGUCCAUUGCCUUCUAAUCCAUGAUUCUGAAAAUUGUUUUUAAAAAUAUUCACACAUUAAAACUGUCAGGUUUAAGAGGAGACAGGCUUCCUUUAAAAAAGUAAAACUAAAAACUUGGCAUAGAUAGAGGUGUCAAAUGGGAAGCCUAAGUUAUGUUUAAUUUAGUUUUAAUUAUUAAGUGCCCGCACACAGUAUUAGCCUAGUCUGUUAUGCAAUAAUUAUUAGUGUAGUAUAAAAAACAUAAAUGUAAAAUAUAAUAUGAAUGCAGCAUAAAAUAUAUACAGAAAAUAGAUAGAACUUUAUUUCUCCACAGGGGGAAAUCUGGCUUGUUACAGAAGCUUGUUAAAUAAAUAGGUAGAUAUAUAGGUAGAACACACACCAGAAUGGCUAUAAAGCAAGAAAAUUAAAAAGAAAGUAAACUUCUGACUUGGCUGUCGUAUUGCUGUUGGUAUAAAGGAUCACCAGUAGCACCAGUUUCUUGACACACUUCUGCUGAAUAAUUUGUUGGCUGAAAGUCCUCAGUGUUAGUGUGUCAGAGUGAGGAUGUGCAGCAUUGCUCAUAAUGACACUUGGUUUUAUUUUCAUUGUCUCCUUUCUUUACUACCUCCAGGGGUCCAGAAUUUGUCCUAUAAUUGAGCCUGCCCCUUUUAAUUAGCUUGUUGAUUCGGUUGGCCUUUCUUGAAACGAUGUUACCAGCAUAAUACACCACAGUGUAGAAAAUCAUGCUGGUUAUCACAGAGUUGUAGAAGAUGUGAAGGAUUUCACUACUUGCAUUAAACAACUAAAGAGCCUGCACUGCUCAUUCUGUGUUCUGAGACCACUCCAACCUGUCAUCAAUGUGGAUCCCCAAGUACUUGUAGGAGUGCACCACCUCUAUACCCACUCUGUGAACAGUGACCAAGAAUAGGGUCUGUUUGGUGCUGUGAAAAUCAAAAACCAGUUCCUUGGUUUUGCUGAUGUUAAGAUGCAGACAGUUUUCAUGGCACCAAGGAGCAAAGUUCUCUUCCUGAAUCCUAUACUCUGGCUCAUCCCCUUUAUCAAUACACCCCAUAAGUGCAGAAUCAUCUGAGAAUUUCUGCAAGAGGCAUGACGUGGUGUUAUAUUUAUAGUCUGAGAUGUACAGAGUGAAGUGAAAAGGAGACAGGACUGUUACUUGUGGUGCUCCACUGUUGCUCAUAUCCAUAUCAAAGACACAGUCUUUCAGUCUCACAAACUGUGGUCUGCCCAACAGAUAGGCUCAUCCACCUGCACACACACACACACACACACACACACACAUGUACAGUGUGGUUUUAAAUGUAAUUGAAACAUAUGUACCUAAAAUCCACAUAGUAUUUGAUUUGUGUUUUUUUUAAUCAAAUACAGACCAUUUUCAUAUGUGGUACUGAAUUCUGAUUCAUUUGUAUUCAUGCAUAUCCCAUUUGAGUUUAAACAGUCAGAUUAAAUUUUUGCUAAAGAAUGUAGCUUGAUUAUGUCAUUAUUGUGUAUUUUGUCAUUUUUGUGUAUUAUGCAACAAGGAGAAGGAGGCUUAGUAAAAGACAUUUGCACAGAUGUUUGAACAUUGUUCAUCUAAUUCAAACAUUCUCCAGUAAUUAGGAGACAUUAAAGCAACCAACAAUGCAGUCCACCACUCUUGGUUCCUGUUGUUUAUCCAAUUUUACAUUGAAUGGAGAUAAAAAAAAUCGCAGUAGAAAAUGCUAAGGAAUAUAAAUUCUAUAGCUCUCUUCUGCAUGUACAGUACAAUAUUCACCAUUCAUCCAUCCAUUCGUUCAUCUUCUUAGACUGCUUAUCCAGGGCAGGGCUGGGGACAAGUUCUGCUUCUAAACUGUAGAAAAUUGAAGAACAUUAGCAGAAAAAAAGAUGACUCAUGAUAACACAUUACCUGUGUAACACAACAUGCAAGGUACGUACAUUCCACAUAAGCUGAGUGUGUAUGUAAACGCUCAGGCCUCAUUUAGACUGUGUAAUUUAAACACGGCAGAUAUCAGACUGAACUUCUUCUUCUAUCAAGACCUGGAACUGUAAAUACGACUUUAGUUCUGGUUACGUUUCUUGAAUUUGCAUUUUGAAUUAGAUAGAUAGAUAGAUAGAUAGAUAGAUAGAUAGAUAGAUAGAUAGAUAGAUAGAUAGACUUUAUUAACUAUCUAUCUAUCUAACAAAAAAACAGCAACCCCCCAUAAACACACACACAUAAGAACUUUUGGUAUGGAUACUGGUGAGCUGCUGCUGUCAAUAACAGGCAUGUACUGUUGGUGGCAGAAAAAUGUAAUAGUAAUACAAUUAAUUGCACUGUGUAGUAGUGAGCAAA